UUUGGUUUCUUGUUCCCUCCCGAGGCUGAGCCUGAGGCGUUGUGUGCAGUGCAGAGUUAAAAAAAAGAAUUUGUUUCUUCUUCUUCUUCUUCUGAAAAGCUCUCUCUUUUUUUUGUUUAUUAAUGGUGGAUAACGUCACUCACUCAAAACGAUAGAGAAGCAUCCGGAGGGAGAAUUAUAUUAGGGGGCCGGGCCGGUAAUCCGAUUGCGGCGCGCACAAUGACAUUGACGAGAUACCAGAUACGGAACGAGUACGACUUGGCUGAUAAGGAUCUCUACCAAUCCUCCUCCGCCCACAAGGAUGAUCCUGAAGCUUUCCUCGAAGCUGCAUCCAUGGCUGGACUCGUCGGCGUUUUGCGCCAGCUUGGCGACCUCGCCGUGUUUGCUGCUGAGGUAUUCCAUUGCCUGCAUGAAGAAAUGAUGACUACUGCAGCAAGAGGCCAUGGCUUGGCUUUCCGUCUCCAACACCUCGAAGCUCACUUCCCUUCUUUUGAGAUUCCCCUUCUCUCUCAAACCGAUCAUUCACCUUUCUAUUAUCAUCCAGGCUUGGAAUGGCAUUCUAAUCUUCUACCAAAACAAGACCUCAUUUCCCCACGCAACUUGCCUCAUUGUAUUAUUGAUUCAUACGAGGAAUCCCGUGCUCCUCCGCAGCUCUUUCUUCUCGACAAGUUUGAUGUUGCUGGGUCCGGGUCAUGCUUGAAGCGUUACUCUGAUCCAUCUUUGUUGAAGUCGUCUACUCCAUCAAAACUCAUCAAAGAUGAGAGACCACGUAAAUCAAAGAAGAAAGGAUCUCACACAACUGGUAAAGAGGCAUCUGGGGAUUCACGGACAUCACAUGCCAAGUUGCAUCAGCUAUUCUUUUUGGAGCAUGUUGAGAACGAACAGGAAAAUCCUGAAUUCCAUGUGAGGCUGAAGAGGAGGCAGUUGAAUGGACCGCCAUUUAACGCAAGCUCCGGGACAAGUUACAUGGAGAAAUUCCUCAAGAAUUCGUCGCCGUAUUGUGAAAGAGUUCAUGGGACUCUGGAUCAGUCAUCUCCGGCAAUCGAAACUGAAGUUACAGUAUGCAGCGUACGAGAAGAGUUACAAACACCUUCCCUAGUUUAUCCAAACAGUGGAGACACUAGCAAAUACAAUGAGAUGGAGACUGAAUCUAUUGCUGAUGAUGAAAGACUUGAAAUUCCGGUUAAUGAGAAGUCUUUACCGAGCAUAAAGGGAGGACCAGAUAUUUGUUUAGAAAGAAGCUCUUCUGUGAAUUCGUGUUGCAAGGCGAACAAUGAAACAGAUACACCUGUUUCCAUGGAGUCAGAAGCAAAGGAAGCAGACAGUGAUGACAUGGCUAGCUGUGACCUUGGAUUUCCUGGAUUUGGUCAGACGCAGAUCUGUACUAAUGCAGAGGUGACUCAAACUCUGUUGCACCACUCACCAAAGGAAGGAGAAUCUUCUAGUCUUUUGUGCACUGAUUUCGAGAGAUCUUCUCUUGAAGGUAAGCCAUAUGAAGCUGAACAAACAUCUUUCAGUUUGUCUUGUUAUGAGAAUCCUGCAAAUCUUGCCGAAGAUUCUGGAAGUCGUUUGGAGCUUCAGUCUAAUAUAGCAAAUGCUGAUAAUAUGGGGUUGAAAUCAUCUGAAGCUUGCGAAGUAUUUGAAGACGGAAGAGAUCCGAUGCUUAAUAUUUCCCCUGAAACUCAUCCAGAGCAUCUGUUAAAGCUUACACAAGUGUCAUACGACGCGUUCGAGGGUGGGACCAAUGUUGAUCAUUCUCAACAUGUUUUCAGUGUGGACACUGGUUCUGAGAUAUCUUUAAGUGCUUUAGUUGAAGACCAGUUCUCAUCUAUGACCAAUCAAGAGGUAGAGCCUUUGGAACCCGAGGACAUAUCUUCUGAAGCUGGUCAUUCGAUUCCAGAUAGCAAAAGCAGUUUAAAAGAAACACCAUCAGCAUUGGAGUCCGAUUUUAUUCUUCCAAAUCCGUAUAUUAUCACACUUGACGACUUGGAAAAUAAAACCAACUCCCAAGACAUAUCUUCCACGAAUCCUAAACAGUUUAAACAUAUUUCAACUUCUGAAAUCAGUUCAGAAAAUGGAACUCUGAUGUCACAUACUCCAAGAGAACUUCACACAGGAUGCAGUAACCUCUCAGUCUCAUCUUCUCGUGAAGACGUAUUGGCCAAUCCUGAUCUGGCUGAGAUAUCUUCGCAUUCUGGACAGGAGGAUCCACAAACCAUGUCUAUAGUUGCAGAUGAUGAUAGUAGUGCGCCUGAAGAACCAAUUCCUGAUACGCCAAGACUUGGUACUUGUUUUGCAGGUGAUGUCGAUCACGAUAACCAUACUGGCCUGAAUAAUAAGGCCGAUACCAUGCCCGAAAUAGACUUGGAAACUAUUAGUGAACCACAGGAGAAUCUUUUAGGUACUGAAGAAUGUCUUUCACCUGAGUAUUGCUUACAGACACAGAACCAAGGGGAAGAGAGUCCAUCAGAAACCGGGUCAGCAAAUCCAAUAACAGCAUCAGUCGAGUCUCUUCCUACACAAAGUGGACCUGUUGGUGUUCAGGUUUCAACUUCAGAGGAAGCAUUAACUUACAACGAAACGCUUUUCCCUUCAAGCAUAGCAGAAAUAGAAGCUCUUCAUGCACCAAACCUGGAAACUUUCACAUCAUUAAAUGAUCAUAUCUCUGAGUCUGUUCUU